UCAAAUAUGGCGGCAUUAUGAGAGAUUUGCAGAGUUAUAAUAAACAUUCACCUUUUAAGUAAAUAAAUAUACCAAAGUUUCAGUAUUAGAUAAUGUUUACCACAUGUACGUUUAAAAAAAAUAUACGAUAUUCUCUAUUGAUACUCAUAAACCUGCAGAUUCUUCUGGCAUUUUGUUUUGUUUGUUUCUACAUUAUUCGAGCAUCGGAUUCAUGUUUAUAAAUGCCGCUAAUAUUCUCAUCAUCCUAAACGAAGACUUGUUUCAACAGGAACAGGAAUAACUCCAGGUGUUUCAACUGAGAUCUGCGGGAUAAAACAUUGUGAAAUGAUGUUUAUUAAAGAAGAGAGUGAGGACAUGAGUUAUCCAGAAUCAUGCAGUUCAAAUGUCAUGAAAAAUGAAGAUACUGAAGAACAAAGAGAUCUGAUGGAGGUGAAAGAGGAAAGUCAAGAACUGAAUGAAGUGAAGGAGGAGAAACACCAUCCAGAUCAGACACUUUAUAGUUUCAAAGCAGAACCGAAGGCUUUUAGUGACUUAAAGACUGAAAAUAAUUCCUCACAAAAAAAACCCAGAAGAACAAGAGCCAAAACUUCUUUCACUUGCCAUCAGUGUGGGAACACAUUCACACAAAAAGGAAGUCUUAAUAAGCACAUGAGAAUUCACACUGGAGAAAGGCCUUACACAUGUCAACAAUGUGGGAAGAGUUUCAUACGUAAAGCCGAAGUUACAAAUCACAUGAGAAUUCACACUGGAGAGAAGCCUUUCAAAUGCCAUCAGUGUGGGAAGAGUUUCACUCAGGCUUGUAUUCUUAAAAGACAUCUGUCCUCUCACUCUAAAGAAAAGUUAUAUAGCUGCGAUCAGUGCGGCAAAACAUUUUCUUCAGCAUUACUCUUAAGAAAACACCAGAAAAUUCAUGCAACUGAGAAGCCGUACACGUGUUCACUUUGUGGAAAGAGUUUCUCUAAAGCAGGACACCUGAAAGAACAUGAGAGAGUGCAUACUGGAGAGAAGCCGUACCAAUGUACUUCAUGUGAGAAGAGUUUCAUUACGUCAGGAAACCUGAAAGCACAUGAGAGAAUGCAUACUGGAGAGAGGCCGUACCACUGUACCUUAUGUGGAAAGAGUUUCAUUAGGUCAGGAAACCUGAAAGCACAUGAGAGAUUGCAUACUGGAGAGAGGCCGUACCACUGCACUUCAUGUGGAAAGAGUUUCAUUAGGUCAGGUCACCUGAAAAAACAUGAGCGAGUGCAUACUGGAGAGAAGCCGUACCACUGCACUUCAUGUGGAAAGAGUUUCACCGAAUCAGGCUCUCUAGUAACUCACAGAAAAAAGCAUUGUCCAAGGUUGUCACACUCCUCCUCCAGUCUGGUCUACACUUUAUCUGCCACUUUUGACUUAAAUCUGGGAUCCAAGGCUGUGCCCUCCUACGAGAACUGUCUGAUGCUGUCUGCAAGACAAAAACAUAAGACGAUGCCAAUCCCCUCCAACCAUACUCCUUUUGUGGCUACUUACGGAUCACAUAAGAUAGGUGUGCGAGGGCUGGAUGAUGAGCUUGGAGAGUUUGAGGCCACCACCAGGUUCGGCAGUUAUUUCAAAGACAGGAACAAUAUGUCCAUUAUGGUGCCUGAAGGAACAGGAAUAACUCCAGGUGUUUCAACUGAGAUCUGCGCGAUAAAACAUUGUAAAAUGAUGUUUAUUAAAGAAGAGAGUGAGGACAUGAGUUAUCCAGAAUCAUGCAGUUCAAAUGUCAUGAAAAAUGAAGAUAUUGAGGAACAAAGAGGAACAGGAAUAACUCCAGGUGUUUCAACUGAGAUCUGCGGGAUAAAACAUUGUAAAAUGAUGUUUAUUAAAGAAGAGAGUGAGGACAUGAGUUAUCCAGAAUCAUGCAGUUCAAAUGUCAUGAAAAAUGAAGAUACUGAAGAACAAAGAGAUCUGAUGGAGGUGAAAGAGGAAAGUCAAGAACUGAAUGAAGUGGAGGAGGAGAAACACCAUCCGGAUCAGACACUUUAUAGUUUCAAAACAGAACCGAAGUCUUUUAGUGGCUUACAGACAGGAAAUAAUUUCUCACAAAAGAGAUUGAAAAGUACAAGAGUAAAACCUUCUUUCUCCUGCAAUCAGUGUGGAAAGAGUUAUGCACAUAAAGCAGGUCUUAAGUGUCAUAUUCAUGCUCACACUGGAGAGAAGCCUUUCAAAUGUCAUCAGUGUGGGAAUACUUUUACACAUAAAGAAACUCUUACUAAGCAUGUGCGAAUUCACACUGGUGAGAAGCCUUUUAAAUGCCAUCAGUGUGGGAAUAGUUUUAGACAUAAAGACACUCUUACUAAGCACAUGAGAAUUCACACUGGAGAGAAGCCUUUCAAAUGCGUUCAGUGUGGGAAGAGUUUCAGAGAGUCAUGGAGUCUCAAAAGUCAUCUGUUCUUGCACUCUAGAGAAAAGUCAUAUAGCUGUGAUCAGUGCGGCAAAACAUUUUCUUCUGCACCAGGCAUACGAAAGCACAAGAAAAUUCAUAAAAUUGAGAAGCUUUACUUGUGUUCACUUUGUGGAAAGAGUUUUUCAUUUCUGCAGAAUUUAAAACAGCACCAGAGAUUUCAUUCCACUGUGAGAGAUCAUGUGUGCUCUGAGUGUGGAAAAGCUUUUUACAGAGCUUCUUGCCUGGAACGCCACAAAAGAAUUCACACUGGAGAAAAACCUUAUAAAUGUUCAUAUUGCAAAAAGAGUUUCUCUGAUUCAGGAAACCUGAAAGCACAUGAGAGAGUGCAUACUGGAGAGAAGCCGUAUCACUGCACUUCAUGUGAAAAGAGUUUCUCUAUUUCAGGAAAUUUGAAAGCACAUGAGCGAGUGCAUACUGGAGAGAAGCUGUACCACUGCACUUCAUGUGGGAAGAGUUUCACCAAAUCAGGAUCUCUGCUAACUCAUAGAAAAAAGAAUUGUCCGGGGUUGUCACAGUAAGCAAAGUUCAGCUUCAUGUGUAUGUAAAUUGGAUGAAAUGCAGAAAAAAAAAAAAAAGGUCAAAUUUCUCUUUAAAGAACAAUGUUGAUUGAGCUGUCAUUCUGUCUAACGGACAAUUUAUACUUCUGUGUCGAACAUACUCCAUAGCCUGACAUAACAUUUUCUAAGCUUUAUGUCAACGCAGACCACAACGACUGUGAUUGGUCUGCUUUAUGACCAGAGACCGUCCCCAAGCAUGUCAAAAAAAUAUAUCAGAGGUGGUGUCGCAUUUCUCCAAGAUUAUUUUAAGCUGUGCUUCAUAUCACAUUGCAUUUGCAAAUGCAACAAAAAGAUAACUUGUAAAACCAGCUUUUUUUUUCUCUCUGGGCUUUUACUAAAUAUAUACUGUAUUUGGUACGUGAGUGACACAAUAUUUUUUGUAUUCUACGCAAGAACUUUCCAAUCUGUACCAUGUUUUGAUCAUAUGUUUGGCAGUGGUGUAAAGUAAAUAAUCAUUUAAUAAUUGAGGAACAUUUGUUUGUAUUUUUAAUUUGUCAUUACAUUAGAAAGCAGUUGUUUAGCAUUUAUUGCUUAUAUGAAUUGCAUGGCAGAAAGCAUGUAUAAUACUUAAAAUGUACCAACACGUUCCCAUAUUUUGAUGAAUUUGUUUUUAAUACUUCAAUAAUGUAGUACAUACUGUAUGUUUGAAUCCAUGAAUUUACAUAGCUCGUAAUACACUAGAAUUUUGGCUGUGUACUUGCAAAACAACCCAGCUUAAGGCAUUGAAGUCAUUAAAACUCAUUGUUUUAUACACCACAGAUUUAAUAUUAGCAGUCUAUAGUUUUGGCAAGUUGUUUACAUAGGCGGAAAUCUCGGGGGGUCAGGACCCCCCACACAAAUGAAAGCCAGUUAUGCAGUUACAAUGUAAUCUCAAUAAAAACAUUGACAUGUGAGGGAGUCCAACUCAAAGCAUCUCAUUCUCAACUUAAAAAUACUCAAAGGAAUCAAUUUACUAAGUUUUAAGUUGUUCUGCAGCAAAUUCCAUGUAAAGGGAGCAGAAUAAACAAAGGCCUUUUUACCCAACACAGUACUGACAUGUGGAACAGAAAACAAGACAACAGCCUGAGAACGGAGAGAGUAAUGACCAGCUCUUUUUUUCAUAAGAAGUGAACAUAAAUAGGAUGGGAGCACACCAAGAAUAGCCUUAUAUAUAAAUGUAUACCAAUGACAAAGCCUCCGUGUGGCCAGAGCAGACCACCCUAUACGAGAAUACAGCUCACAGUGGUGUGUGCGAGCUUUACAAUUAGUAAUAAAUCUCAGCGAUGCAUGAUAGACUGCAUCAAUCAUGUGAAGGCAUUGAGCAGAUGAAUGCAUAUAUAAUAUAUCACCAUAAUCCAGCACAGAUAAAAAAGUGGAUGCCACUAACCGUUUUUUAACUUUAAAAGAAAAGCACAGCUUAUUUCGAAAGUAAAAACCCAAUUUUAGCCUCAACUUUCUCACUAGACAGUGAACAUGAGGCUUAAAUGAUAGGCAAUCAUCAAUAACAAUACUAAGAUAUUUAUAAGUUGUAACAGUCUGUGUUUCACGUCCAUCAAGAGUAAUCACUGAGGGAACAUUCAGUGGUCUUUUCCGAGGUCCUGUGAAAAGCAUACAUUUUGUUUUGUCUGCAUUGAGCACAAGUUUCAACUGUAGCAAAGUGUUUUGGACCACAUUGAAGGCAUUCUGUAAAUGUGCAAUGGCUUGUUUAAGAGAGGGUGCACAGCAAUAAAUAACUGUGUCAUCUGCAUAAAAAUGAAAGUUUGCAUCAGACACAUGCCAAUUAAGAUUAUUUAUAUAAAUAGUAAAUAAAAGAGGGCCUAAUACAGAGCCUUGUGGAACCCCUUUUAGGAUUGGUAAAAUACCAGAUUGAACACAAUCAUGCUUAAUGCAUUGAGUUCUGUCACUAAGAUAGUUUGAGAACCAAGAUACAGUUUUCUUUGAAAACCCUGAAUUAAGAAGCCUAAUCUCUAAUACAUCAUGAUCAACCGUGUCAAAAGCU